GUCAACACCAAGCUCGUCAAUCAGACGUUCCAAGCUUGCCUCUAUCUGUAUUUUCUUUCUGAUAUCUGCUCGCUUCCCCUGCGCCUAAUAUAGAGGUUUAUAUCGUGUUCUCAAUUCCCGUCGAUUCUCUACGUUAUUACGAAAUCACUCGCCAAAAUGUCUAUCCCGCCUGAAGCUUUGCAGAAACUCGUACAAGAGAUCGAAUCGAGAGCAAUUGCCGCACAGCAACAAAUUAGCAUCGUGAAAACACAAAUCUCCACAAAACAACGCGACAUCCGACUACUGCAACUCACAUCGAGUGAACUUGGAUCGUUGUCAAAGGAUACAAAUGUUUAUGAAGGCGUUGGAAAGAUGUUCUUGCAUACUCCGAUUGAUGCCGUCAACAGUCGACUAGCAUCCGAGGACGAGACUUUGAAGAAGGAUAUCAACGAACUAGAAAACAAACUACAUUACCUCGAGACGACGCAUGAGAAGAGCAGGGAACAUAUUGAGCAGAUUUUCAAGGGGACGGGUGCAUCGGCAUAACGUGUCAUGACGGAUUCUACAAGGAAACGACGAACAUAUAAGAUGCCCUGUGGCGAAAAGAAGAAAAAAUAGAGACGAGGACUCUGAACUGCGACUAUUACGAAAACCCAGGAAGCGAUGUCGGUAACUCGCAAUAACAACUUUUGGCUACGCCAGGCCUGAGCCGUAAAACUUCAAUACGGCCAUCACUUUAAGUCUUUGAUUGACGAAUCAUAUGUACGAAAUUCUUAGUGGCGGAGCAUAUUCGAACCAUUGCGAUCCUCGAGCUACUUGUUAAUGAUUCCAGUUUGUAUAUUGUACGAACUUAUGUAUAUAGGAAAGCUUGCAACCGCUUAUGAACUACCAUUUUGAUACUG